AUGCCAAAUGAAAGAAUAUUAAUGUUGCUGACAAGAGAUCAGACGUUGCAGAAGCUUGGAGGAAAUUUUGAUAAAAUUAUAAAAAAUAAAUCUAGCAAGAGAUAUAGAACUGAGCAACAAAAACAAAAACUAAAGUUGAUUAAGCAAAAAGUCAGUCAAGAUACUAAGGAUGAUUUAAACAGUGAAGAUGAAGAACAGCAAAGAGUCAGUCAAGAUACUAAGGAUGAUUUAAGCAGUAAAGAUGAAGAACAUUUUAACACUGAAGAAGAAAAACAAGAUUCUGACAGUGGUUCUCAAGAAAUUGUUUGGAGAAAUGAUAUGGCUUUCCUUCAUCACUUGAUCACUUGUUACAGACAGUUUAAGAAAACAGGAUGCUUCCUAAAGUAA